CCAGUGUGGUUGAAGUUGAACUAUUCCUCGAAGAGCAGUUCUAGCCAGGAACACAAAUCAAAUUACUCAAGUCUCAAACCCAACUGGUUCAGAUUUCCCCGCAAACAAGCUUGUCUGAUUACGCACGCAAGAUGCGCCGCGAACAUUCAGAAUGGCUGCCUGACACGGUGGGAGACAGAGAAGAGGGAAAAAGAAAACUCCUAAAUCUAUCAAACUAAGUUUGUUUACUAUGAAUGGAACCAUAUGGUCCAAUAUUCUGUAGGGACAAGUUCGAACCCACAUCCAUCUGUAUUUCAACUUACCCAUCACUUGCGUGUCAGCGUUGCUCACUCUGACUGACUUCACUCCACGCAAACCCAUCACAUGUAACUUCUCUUCCCUUCUUCCCUCUACAUAUAGUGCAAAAAUGUUCAAUCUCACAUCACCUCUCAAGUCUCAACCACUCUUGUUCCCAUUGACCUCCAAAUCCACCAUCAUCAUGACGUCAUCCAAUCCUUCUCCGCCUCCGAUCACCGUCUUCGCCUCCACCACUCCGGAUUACGACCGUGCCAAAGCCGUCAAACAAUUCGACGAAACCAAGCACGGAGUCAAGGGCCUCGUCGACUCCGGCGUCCAAAAACUCCCACCGUUCUUCGUUCACCCGCCCGAAACCCUAUCGGACCUCAAACCCCGACCCGGUUCCGAAUCAGAGGUCCCCACGGUGGACUUCUCCGCCGUGGAAACAUCCCGCGCCGCCGUAGUGGACCAAAUCCGGCGCGCCGCGAGCACAAUCGGGUUCUUCCAGGUGAUCAAUCACGGCAUCCCGCCGGAGCUUCUCGAGCGAACCGUCGCCGCCAUGAAAAAGUUCCACGAGCAACCAGCGGAGGAGAGGGCGCGGCGGUUAGAGUUGGGGAGUUAGUUAUUGGUUUGUUGAGUGAGGGGUUGGGAUUGGGUGCGGAGAAGUUACCGGAGAUGGGUUUGGUUCAAGGGAGAGUGAUGGUUGGUCAUUAUUACCCUCCUUGUCCUGAGCCUGAUCUGACGGUGGGACUCACUUCUCAUGCAGACCCAGGGGCUCUUACUGUGGUCUUGCAGGACCACGUUGGUGGGUUGCAGGUUAGAAGCAAAGAUGGCUGGGUUGAUGUGAAGCCUGUUCCGGGAGCUUUGGUUUUCAAUAUUGGAGAUUUGCUUCAGAUAAUUUCUAACGAGGAAUAUAAGAGUGCUGAUCAUCGGGUAUUAGCAAAUUGCUCAAAUGAUCCUCGAGUGUCAAUUGCUAUUUUCUUCAAUCCGGGUGAGAGGGAGAAAACCUUUGGACCUUUGCCGGAGCUAACAUCAGCAGAGAAACCACCUCUUUAUAGGAACUUCACAUUCAAUGAAUUUAUUACAAGGUUCUUCAAGAAAGAGUUGGACGGUAAAUCAUUGACAAAUUUCUUCAGGCAGUGAUGUAGACAGCACUUGUAUAUAUAUAGAUUAUAAGAAUAUUAUUGGCUUCAUAUUUCACCAGUGUAUUAAUAGUCGCAUGUGUUUCUUAUUCACUUUUUAUAAAUUGUGUGAAUGAAGACAAGAAACUUCACAA